AAUCUUUUCGCAUCGCGUUUCCAUUUUGAGCAUCAUCGGGGGAAUUUGUGCGAAGCUUGUAUAUUUUUACGGCUUUUAUGUGCUAAAUUUUAGUAUUUUACUUGUGAGCUUAUAUUCAGCGGCAAGAUGCCACCGGAAACAACGGGUCAUCCGAUCGAGCUGACCGAUCGCACCUGCCGGUUGUGUUUGGCGAACGAUCAAGACAUCAGUCCAAUGGUGGACGCGCUCAGCCAGGACGAGCUGAAGAAUGUAAUCGAAGGCUUGCUCAAGAUUGAGCUAACCAACUGCGGUCCGUUCCUAAGCGCUUGCUCCAAUUGUGUGGUGAAGAUUCGAUUAAUCGAGAAUAUCCGGAACGAGUUCAUCGGCAGCAACAAGAUAUUCGAUGUUAUGUGGACACAAUACAAACGGAUUCACUAUCCGGAACCGAUUCCAACGCCGAAGAAAGGACGCCCAAAAUCUGAAAAGCCGAGUCCUCCUAAGGCGCAAAAAAUUACAGCAGCGUAUAUUAUUGAUGGAAUGGUAAUCGAAAACACGGAAAUUGAAUAUGUGCAAGAUGAAGGCGCAGGAUUUUUUAUUAAAAGCGAAGACCACGACGGUAUCAUUAAGCAGGAAGACGAUCAGGAUUCCGUCAGUGAUGGAAUCGCUGCGGAUAAUGACCACCAUACAAUGGACGAAACGGUGGAGGAGGAGUACGUGUAUGAGGAAGUACCCAUGGAGGAGGAAAAUCGCAUGCAGGAGGAAUAUUUGACUGAAGAAGCAAAAGAGGACGAAUUUAAAAAGACCGAGGACGAGAAAGACGAUACGUUGAAAGACGUUGCCGUUGAUGAGGACACUGGAUACUACGAUAAGACAAUUCCGUGUUGUUACGUCUGUUUGGAUCGUUUCGACAACUUCGGUGAUGUUUCAAGUCACCUGGUUAAUGCUCACGCAGAUAUGCUUCCUUUCCACUGUGACAAGUGUUUGGGUUAUUUCGAUACUUUGGAAGAGGUGAACAAGCAUUACAUAUCUCACGUGUAUGAAUUUGUUUGUCUCUAUUGCCCACGCCGCUACUGUUCGGAACAGUAUUUGGCCAAUCACAAUUUGACGUGCAAAUCUUUUAAGUGUCCAAUGUGUGAGGAAACCUUCGAGCUGCAAAGCCAUUUGAAGGCCCAUCAACGUCAGGCUCACCCGGUCGAGUCCAGGCAUACUGGCCGGAAGACCAAUGUGUGUGGCACCUGUGGCAAGGCAUUCACACAUGCUUGCAAUCUUGCUCGUCACCUGAAGAAUAAACGCUGCAACAAGGGCAGUGACGACGAUGAGGUGUUUGUCAGACGGAGGAAAAUUAAGCCGGACCCGGAUGCGCUAAUCUUGGAAGAUGUCGACGAUGACCGAGAUUUGAAAAUUAAACCACCACUGACAUGUCAAGUUUGCAGCAAAAAACUCGACAGUAAUAGCAGUUUGGCUCGGCAUAUUGAGAAAGAACACGAAGACUUCAAUAUACCACUCUUCUCAUGCAACAUUUGCCCGAAGAAGUUUACUACAUUCGAAAAAUGUAUUCGCCAUCGAGCUUUCCAUAAGAAAUCAAAGAAACAGCCGAUACCAAUCAACAAGAAAGAUCCUAAUGAUAACACUUGCAAGAUUUGCAACAAGAAAUUCCGCCUGGAUCAUAUGUUGCUCAAGCAUCUGUCUGAAAUUCACCAGUUGACACUGGAACUGUUCCAAUGUGACCAGUGCGGCAAGAAAUUCUCCACUGAGCCGAAACUUCGAAAGCACCAGUACAAUACCCAUCGCGAGAACAAGAACCUCUACGUUUGCUCUCAUUGUGGUCAAAAGUUCGAGAAGAAACUCACUCUCAAGGAUCACGAAACUAAGCACUUGAACGCUCCGGCCUACCAAUGCGACAUCUGUCUGAAAACGUUCAUCCACAAGCACAGCCUCGAUCGCCAUGCGCUGGUUCACUCGGAUGAGAAGAACUUUGAGUGCGAGUUUUGCCACAAAAUGUUCAAGCGAAACACAACCUUGGUUAUUCAUAGACGUAUCCACACCGGAGAGAAGCCAUACGAGUGUGUCCCGUGCGGUCAGCGGUUCAUCGAUUCCAGUACCCUUAUCAAGCACAGGCAACGGAUGCAUCCGAAGGUAGAGUAAACUGCAACGUAGUAAGUAUAGUUGUAAUAUUAUUAGUGUAAUCGAUUAUCAUACUUUGGCUUACUAAUUUAGAUUAUGGAAAUAAAGUGGUUUAUUUUCAAA